AUGCCUGUGGAUGUGUAUGUCUCGCUGUGCGUGUUGGUGGGUGUGUCGGUGUGCGUCUGCGUGCUGCUGUCCGUGUUCCCCGGCCUGAUCGCGCCGGUCUCUGACAGCCCCUGUCCCGUCCGUCUGCAGCAUAAGCUGAAGUCUUCGCAGAGGGACAAGGUACGGCAGUUCAUGUCCUUCACACAGGCCGGGGAGAAGACCGCCGUGUACUGCCUCACGCAGAAUGACUGGAAACUAGAGGUGGCAACAGACAACUACUUUCAGAACCCAGAACAUUACUGCAAGGAGUCCAUGAAAACCUCGGAUGAGAAUAAGAUCGGCAUCGAUGGGAUCCAGCAGUUCUGCGAUGACCUCUCGCUGGAUCCGGCCAGCAUCACCGUGCUGGUGGUGGCCUGGAAGUUCCGCGCCGCCACUCAGUGCGAGUUCACCAAGAAGGAGUUUCUAGACGGAAUGACGGAGCUGGGGUGCGACAGCCCGGAAAAGUUAAAGGCCCUCUUGCCGAGAUUAGAGCAGGAGCUGAAAGAUAGCGGCAAGUUCAAAGACUUCUACCAGUUCACUUUUAACUUUGCCAAAAACCCUGGGCAGAAGGGUCUCGAUUUGGAGAUGGCUGUAGCCUACUGGAACCUUGUUCUAUCGGGACGAUUUAAGUUCCUCGAUCUUUGGAACAGAUUCCUUUUGGAACACCAUAAACGAUCCAUCCCCAAGGACACGUGGAACUUAUUAUUGGACUUCGGCAACAUGAUUGCAGACGACAUGUCAAACUACGACGAGGAAGGCGCGUGGCCGGUCCUUAUAGACGACUUUGUGGAGUUCGCUCGACCGAUCGUGACGGGAUCGAAACGCAAACCUCUCUAA